CCAAGGUGAACAGCAGCUCGGCUCUAUCUGCUUCCAGGCGCCCUCCGUUCUGUGACCUUGUCCAAUAGAAGGCUGUUUUUGCAGCUGCACAAGUUUUGCCACACAAGAUGAAGCAAGAUGCCACAAGAAAUGCUGCCUACACUGUGGAUUGUGAAGAUUAUGUGCACGUGGUAGAAUUCAAUCCCUUUGAGAGUGGGGAUUCAGGAAACCUAAUUGCAUAUGGUGGCAAUAAUUUUGUGUUCAUUGGCACCUGUACAUUUCAGGAGGAAGAAGCAGACGUUGAAGGAAUUCAGUAUAAAACACUACGAACAUUUCACCAUGGAGUCAGAGUUGAUGGCAUAGCUUGGAGCCCAGAGACUAGACUUGAUUCAUUGCCUCCAGUAAUCAAAUUUUGUACUUCUGCUGCUGAUAUGAAAAUUAGAUUAUUUACUUCAGAUCUUCAAGAUAAAAAUGAAUACAAGGUUUUAGAGGGCCAUUCAGAUUUCAUUAAUGGUUUGGUAUUUGAUCCCAGAGAAGGCCAAGAAAUUGCAAGUGUGAGUGAUGAUCAUACAUGCAGGAUUUGGAACUUGGAAGGAAUACAGACAGCUCAUUUUGUUCUUCAUUCCCCUGGAAUGAGUGUGUGCUGGCAUCCUGAAGAAACUUUUAAGCUGAUGGUUGCAGAGAAGAAUGGAACAAUCCGGUUUUAUGAUCUUUUGGCUCAACAGGCUAUUUUAUCCCUUGAAUCAGAACAGAUGCCAUUAAUGUCAGCACAUUGGUGCUUAAAAAACACCUUCAAAGUUGGAGCUGUUGCAGGGAAUGAUUGGUUAAUUUGGGAUAUUACUCGAUCCAGUUACCCUCAAGAUAAGAGACCUGUCCACAUGGAUCGAGCCUGCUUAUUCAGAUGGUCCACGAUUAAUGAAAACUUAUUUGCAACCACUGGUUAUCCUGGCAAAAUGACAAGUCAGUUUCAGAUUCAUCAUUUAGGACAUCCUCAGCCCAUCCUCAUUGGCUCUGUAGCUGUUGGAUCUGGCCUUUCCUGGCAUAGAACUCUUCCACUGUGUGCAAUCGGAAGUGACCACAAGCUGUUGUUUUGGGUGACUGAAAUGUAGAGUAAAUUUUCUGUGUACUUAGAUCCAUAAAACUGGACCUUAGUACAUAUUUUGGAGAAUUUCUUA